CGGUGAAAAAGAGGGGAAAACAGUAGAAAACACACAAUCUGCAAAACAAGAGCGUCACCAAGAAGCCAUCGUCGUCUUCUUCUUCUUCGCGCGAGAGGCGUAUGUACAAAUAGUCCUCCUCACACACUCUUCUCGCACUCUUACCUGAGAGAGAAAGAGAAAUGGCGAGCCCAGAUAAGCCGUGGAGGGCUGAGUAUGCAAAGUCGUCGAGGUCUUCCUGCAAGUCUUGCAAGUCCCCCAUCAACAAGGAGACCUUUCGCCUUGGAAAGCUUGUUCAAGCCACUCAAUUCGAUGGCGUCAUGCCCAUGUGGCACCAUGCUUCUUGUAUACUCAAGAAAACCAAGCAGAUUAAAUCAGCUGAUGAUGUUGAAGGCUUAGAAUCACUUCGUUGGGAAGAUCAGCAAAAGAUUAGACAAUAUGUCGAAUCUGGAGCAGGGAAUAAUACCACAAGCACGAGCACGGCCAGUAGCGGUGGCAAUGCCAAGCUAGAAUAUGGGAUUGAAGUGUCACAAACUUCUCGUGCUGGGUGCAGAAAAUGCAGCGAGAAAAUCUUGAAAGGAGAGGUACGUGUAUUCUCUAAGCCUGAAGGCCCGGGUAACAAGGGGUUGAUGUGGCACCACGCAAGAUGUUUCCUUGAAAUGUCUCCCUCUACUGAACUGAAAAGUUUGUCUGGGUGGGGAAGCAUACCAGACUCAGAUCAAGAAGCUCUUCUUCCCUUGGUGAAGAAAGGUCAGCAAGCAGCCAAAACUGCAGGCACAAAAAGAAGAAAUGAUUCUGAUGACAACGAGAAGUCAAAACAAGCUAAGACUAUGUCUGCAAGCGGUGCUUUACAACCUUGUAGCAAAGACAAGGAAAUGGAGGCACAAAGUAAGGAACUGUGGAACCUGAAGGAUGACCUGAAAAAACAUGUUACAACAGCUGAGUUGCGGGAGAUGCUUGAAAUAAAUGAACAAAGUACAAGAGGAUCAGAACUUGAUCUGCGGGAUAAGUGUGCUGAUGGCAUGAUGUUUGGUCCACUCGCUCUCUGCCCUGUUUGCUCUGGUCAUGUUUCCUUUUCUGGAGGAAUUUACCGAUGCAAUGGUUACAUUUCGGAAUGGAGCAAAUGUUCUCAUGCCACUUCUGAUCCAGUCCGCAUCAAAGGGAAGUGGAAAAUCCCUGAAGAAACAGAAAAUCAGUUCCUUGUGAAGUGGAAUAAGUCGCAGAAGAGUGUGAAGCCAGAACGUAUUUUGAACCCUAUAUCACCCGCUGGAACAUCCCAGGGUCAAGGUUCUAAAGCUGCAGCUGACUCAUUAAGGAGCGAAAAGCUGGAUGAUCUUAGAGUUUCAAUUGCCGGAUCCUCUAAGGAACGCCAAGCAUGGAAGAAGAAAAUUGAGGAAGCCGGAGCAGAAUUUCAUGCUAAAGUUAAAAAAGGUACAAGCUGUUUGGUUGUCUGUGGCCAGACAGAUAUGGAAGAUUCUGAAAUGAGAAAGGCAAGGAGGAUGAAAGUGGCAGUCGUUAGAGAGGAUUAUUUGGUUGACUGUUUCAAAAAGCAGAGGAAGCUUCCAUUUGACAAGUACAAACUUGAAGAUGCUGGUGAGGGCAUGGUCACUGUUAAAGUAAAAGGGCGAAGUGCUGUGCAUGAGGCAUCUGGCCUCCAAGAGCACUGUCACAUUCUUGAAGAUGGGAACAGUAUCUAUAACACAACUCUGAGCAUGUCUGAUCUUUCUACCGGUAUCAAUAGUUAUUACAUACUCCAGAUUAUCCAAGAAGAUAAAGGUUCAGAUUGCUACGUGUUUCGUAAAUGGGGCCGAGUUGGAAAUGAAAAGAUUGGAGGUAACAAACUGGAGGAGAUGGAAAAGUCUGAUGCAGUUCAUGAAUUCAAACGUCUAUUUCUUGAAAAGACUGCAAACACAUGGGAAUCUUGGGAACAAAAAAAGAAUUUCCAGAAACAACCUGGAAAAUUUCUCCCAUUGGACAUUGAUUAUGGAGUAAACAAGCAAGUAGCAAAGAAAGAGCCAGUUCAGACCAUUAGCAGCCUUGCUCCUCCAUUAGUAGAAUUGAUGAAGAUUCUUUUUGAUGUGGAAACAUACCGAACUGCUAUGAUGGAGUUCGAGAUAAACAUGUCGGAGAUGCCACUUGGGAAACUUAGCAAACACAAUAUACAGAAGGGUUUUGAGGCAUUGACAGAGAUACAGAGGCUGUUGACUGAAAGCGACCCCCAGUCUUCUAUCAAAGAAAACUUGCUUGUUGAUGCUAGCAAUAGAUUUUUUACCAUGAUCCCUUCAGUUCAUCCUCAUAUUAUUCGAGAUGAAGAUGACUUUAAGUCAAAGGUGAAAAUGCUCGAGGCGCUGCAGGACAUCGAAAUAGCUUCGAGAUUAGUUGGCUUUGAUACUGAUAGCACUGAAUCACUGGAUGAUAAAUAUAAGAAACUGCAUUGCGAUAUUUCACCACUUUCUCAUGAUAGUGAGGAUUAUCGGUUGAUUGAGAAGUAUCUUAACACAACUCAUGCCCCAACACAUACGGAGUGGAGCCUUGAACUGGAGGAAGUUUUUGCCCUCGAAAGAGAAGGAGAGUUUGAUAAAUAUGCUCCGCACAGGGAAAAACUUGGCAAUAAGAUGCUCCUAUGGCAUGGUUCUCGGUUGACAAACUUUGUUGGAAUUCUGAACCAAGGACUGAGAAUUGCGCCUCCAGAAGCUCCUGCUACUGGAUACAUGUUUGGCAAGGGGAUUUACUUUGCUGACCUUGUCAGUAAAAGUGCCCAGUACUGCUACACUUCUAAGGAAAACCCGGUGGGUCUAAUGCUUCUGAGCGAAGUUGCAUUGGGAGAAAUACAUGAGCUAACAAAAGCCAAGUACAUGGAUAAACCUCCGAGGGGGAAACACUCGACCAAAGGGCUUGGCAAGAAAGUGCCUCAGGAUUCAGAGUUUGCCAAGUGGAGAGAUGAUGUGACAGUUCCUUGUGGAAAACCUGUUCCAUCGAAGGCCAAGGCUUCUGAGCUUAUGUACAACGAGUAUAUCGUCUACAAUACUGCCCAGGUGAAGCUGCAGUUCUUGUUGAAAGUACGGUUCAAGCACAAGAGAUGAGCUCGAAACAAACAGGAAGACAACCUUUUGUUAACUACUGUCUUUUAGGAGAUCAAAAAACAGUAUGAAGACAAAUUUUUUGUCUCUCUGGCUUUGUAGUUGUGUCUGGUUGGAAAACAUCCAUUACAUUUUGUUAAAGAUCUUUCUCAGUAACCACUCUUUUGGGUCACUUGUUUAAAACUAA